CUGGCCACUCACUUUCUGAUGUUGCACGACGGGAAAUGCUUUGAAUACUUGCGACAUGGCUGCGCGCAUUGAUUGCCAAGAUUGACAGCAGCUCUAGCCAUCGUCUUCUCUUGUCUGAGUGUGUGAGAGAGGGAGAUAAAGACCAGAUAGACGGUUAACAAAAGGUACUUGUAGUUUUGUACAACUGAACUUCACAGAGAGUGGACGGGAUCCCCUCCUAUGGCCCCGAGUGAGCAGACUUAAGUUUUCGCUCAACAGAUAGCUCGGUGAUCAUUUUCAGUAAAGUAUAGCCGAGACUAGUUGCUGUUCUUUGCGCACGGGGAAGGACACAAAAGUAGGCAAUCAUCAGCACGGCUCACACCAACAAGGUUAUUUACAUGAAUUCAAAAUCAACCAACCAGUGAUCGCUGGAAGCUGGGGAUUGAGUCUUUCAGUUUUUAACCCCACACGCUGACAUGGAGGGCUUUCUUCGUAGCAGCUUUUUACUGAGCAGAGUCAUGUCUUCCAAGCAAGCCACGUCUCCUUUUGCCUCUGUGGUUGAUGGGGAUGAUGCCAUGAGUCAGGAGCAUUUGUCUUGGGAGAAAGAGGAGAGCGCAGAGGCCCAUGGCACACCACAGCUGCCGCUGCACAGUCUGCUUCAUGGAAAAGCCCCCGAUGAAAUGCAGCCGCUCAGCAGCGUACCAUCAGAGAGCGAUUGGGACAGCCUGGUGUCAGCCCAGCAGCGCAUGGAAUCUGACAGCAAUAAAGUAUGCUCCCUGUACUCUUUCCGGAACAAUUCCACUUCCCCACACAAGCCUGAGGAGGGGGCCCGGGAGCGAAGUGACCUGCUGAGCGGAUCAGCGUUUGGAACUCCAGAGCGCCGCAAAGGAAGCCUGGCAGACGUAGUGGACACUCUGAAGCAGAAGAAGCUAGAGGAGAUGACAAAGACAGAGCAAGACGAAUCGUCGUGCAUGGAGAAACUUCUUUCUAAAGACUGGAAAGAGAAGAUGGAGAGGCUCAACACAAGUGAACUGCUGGCAGAAGUAAAAGGUACUCCUGAGAGCCUGGCCGAAAAGGAACACCAGCUCUCCACGAUGAUCACUCAGCUGAUCAGCUUGCGAGAGCAGCUCCUGGCUGCUCACGAUGAACAGAAGAAGCUGGCUGCCUCACAGAUGGAGAAACAGAGGCAGCAAAUGGAGUUAGCUCGUCAGCAGCAGGAGCAGAUUGCAAGACAACAGCAGCAGCUUCUGCAGCAACAGCACAAAAUCAACCUCCUCCAGCAGCAGAUCCAGGUCCAGGGUCACAUGCCUCCGCUCAUGAUCCCCAUUUUUCCACACGACCAACGCACUCUAGCAGCAGCAGCUGCCGCCCAGCAAGGCUUUCUCUUCCCUCCAGGAAUGUCUUAUAAGCCAGGUGAUAACUACCCGGUGCAGUUCAUUCCAUCCUCAGUGGCAGCUGCAGCAGCGUCAGGACUCAGCCCCCUCCAGCUUCAGCAACUGUAUGCUGCCCAGCUUGCCAGCAUGCAGGUCUCUCCCGGAGCCAAGAUGCCUCCACUCCCCCAGCCACUCACGGCUAGUGGGCCCAUUUCUCCGUCAUCUCUGAAGAAUGACAAGAGUUCCUCCAGCCCCAUCACUCAAGUCAAGGAGGAGGGAACACAGCCCCUCAACCUGUCUGCUCGGCCAAAGACGACAGAACUGGUCAAGUCUCCUACGUCCCCGACACAAAAUCUGUUCCCCGGCAGUAAAAGCAGCCCUAACAGCCUCAUGAGCAAGGGGGGUACCCCCAGCCCACUUGGAGGUCUGGGCCGGGGAUCUUCUCUGGAUAUUCUGUCCAGCCUAAACUCUACCGCGUUGUUCGGGGACCAGGACACAGUGAUGAAGGCCAUCCAGGAGGCUCGGAAAAUGAGGGAGCAGAUCCAGAGGGAACAGCUGCAACAUCACCAGCAGGGCAUGGAGGCAAAGCUGUCUGCCCUCAGUUCAGUGGGCCUCAACAACUGCAGAGCUGACAAGGAAAGAGCACACUUUGACAGCAUCGGGCACCACCUUGGCAAGCUGGGUGAGGAAGGAAAGCUUGGCCACAGAGUUAUUGACCUCACCAGGCCAGAAGAUCUAGAUGGGUCCAAGGAAGUCAAUGGCUCUGCAGAUAAACCCCAACCCUAUUAUUGUUGGCCAACAGGAGGCGCUGGACCUACCGAGGCACGAGUCUUCAGGGAAUCUCGGGGAAGAAACAACAACGAGCCCCACAUUAAAAGGCCAAUGAAUGCAUUCAUGGUGUGGGCCAAGGAUGAGCGGCGCAAGAUCCUCCAGGCUUUCCCCGACAUGCACAAUUCCAACAUAAGCAAGAUUCUGGGUUCCCGGUGGAAGGCCAUGUCUAACCAGGACAAACAGCCCUACUAUGAAGAGCAGGCUCGUCUAAGUAAGCUUCAUCUAGAGAAGUACCCAAACUACAAGUACAAACCACGGCCUAAGAGGACCUGCAUUAUUGACGGAAAAAAACUCCGCAUCGGAGAGUACAAACAGAUGAUGCGUUCACGGCGACAAGAGAUGAGGCAGUUCUUUACUGUGGGGCAGCCACCGCAGCUCCCCAUCACCACAAGCGCCAGCAUGGUCUACCCUGGGGCCAUCACCAUGGCGACCACCACACCCUCACCUCAGAUGACAUCGGAGUGCUCAAGUGCCUCAGCGAGUCCUGAGCCAUCCAUUCCCGUCAUUCAGAGCACCUACAACAUGAAGCUAGAGCCCACUGGCAUGGUGAACAACAGCGAGCCGGUCAAUGGCGAGGAUGAAAUGGACAUGUACGAAGAUUUUGAGGACGAGCCCAAAUCAGACUAUAGCAGUGAAAAUGACACACAAGAGCCAGUCAGUGCCAACUGAGACCUUUUUAACCGAAGAGGCCAGUGCAGAAACAGUACUCAUACAGGAGGAUGCCCAGAGGGCUGGUCUGAUCUGAGGGAGGGAAAGAACAAAAGAAAACAAAAACUACACCACAAAGGUUUGAAGAUGUUUAAAAAAAUAAUGAUGUAUCAUAUCGAAGCCAGCAUGCAGCUGUGGCUUCAUCUGAAUCAAAAGCUAUUUGGUCUUAAGUGUUUCUUUAAGUGUGUGAAGCAGUUUGGUUGUGGUAAUUUAUAUAUAUAUAUACAUAUAUAUAUAUUUUUUAUCUCAUUGUUUAUUUUUUGUUAAGAUCAUGGACAUAUAGACAAUUAGGUUAUUGCCUAAAACAAAAGACAACUUGAAAUUACAACCUUUGAUAUGAACCUAGGUAAUUCUUACUGUCAUUUACCUUCUUUUCCUCUUCAAUUAGAUGAUUUUGCUACAUUACCUAACUGUUCAAGAUGGGAAUAAUAUUCUCACUCAGGUAUAGCGUGCCAGCCAACAGCUUGUGAAUGUUUUUAAUCAAGAGAUAAAUAUGAACAAAAUAUCUCAAAAUGAUAAGGAGUGAUUCCAACGUAGUACAGAAGCUAAUUACACAUUAUUAUUACUAUCAGUAAUAUUAUUAUUAUUGUGUUUUUCUUUUUGUUAGUUCAAAACUACAUAAUUUAGUGCGCAAGUGCCAAACAUUUCAAGUUGUUUCAAGUCUUUGAGUCUUAGACAAUCUCUUCAUCUCUUAAUGCAGCUUCAUCAUCCAGUCUUUCUUUAAUUUACCCAAACAGAAUAAACAAAUUAAACUCAGGAACUUGGAAGCAGCAAGCUCUGCAGGAGGUUACAAUAUGUUACAUCUGUGGACGGUAGCUUGUGAUGCUAGCUGUUCUUUGGGGAGGCCAAUGCAGUGAUCAUCAAUGAAGCCAGCCCUUUCAUUUCCUCAUCCCUGUCCACACAGAGCACCGUGGCAUCCUUCACUUAUUUCCAGCUCUGCAGUCCACUCUGACUCACCAAGAUCUUAAUCAGAGUGAUUGUAAUCAGGCCAGAAUGCUAAAGGGCCAAAGGCCUCCAAUCUGUGGGAUUGGAAACGCAGCGAAAGGCAGCUUUGGUGGCAUUACAAUCUUAAAUUGAUGUUGUACAAUGUGUAGCUACAGUACGCUCUGUUAAACACUUUAGCCCCAUUUGGAUGGCAAGUUUAAAGUCUUAGGUCUUAAAACGUAAUUUUUUUUUCUGAUCUUAAUUCUUUUUAGACAUUGUAAAUCUUAAACUGACACUAAGAAGUCUUAAAGGAGAACACGGUCAUCGGGUUGAUGCAAUGAGUUGAUUACUGAAGUAGUCUUGAAAAGAAAUGACAGUUUCCAAGGACAUAGAGAAAAGACUCAUAUACAAAGACUCAUAUAUAAAAUACACAAUUUUUUAAUUAGUGCACUUAUAAACCUUCUGUCACCUAUGAGGCUUUUUUAAAAAUUUACAGUAAUCUGAUCAGCUUUUAUACUGCUCUCAUUGUUUGCACUUCAAAAAAUACAGACUAAAUGCAAGAAUCAGAAAAGAGGCAACUCAGUCUUAAUGUAAGCUUCAAACCUGACAAGUUCUGACCUUCCAGCGAUGGCAGAUAGAUAAAGCUCCUCUAGCGGUCAAGGCCUUGAUGUUGAGACUCAGAUCCUCUUUACAGGGCAGAAGGUCUAAGUGGCUCUCCUCCCUGCCAUGCCCUGCUCUGACCCCAGCCUGUGGCAACCUCAGCACCCAGGGGGCGCCAUCUGGCUCAGAGAAGGAGAAAACACCAGGGAAGGAUGGGAAACAAUAAAAAUGGUGUGUGUGUCGCUCAUUGUGCUCUCCAUCAAAGUGCUGGAAAUAAGGCCUCAACAGGGCUCCCACCCUGGCCCAAUCACCAGGCACUGGCGAGCAGAUGGAACAAGUACAUCAAGCUGUGGGGGAUUAUUAAAAUGACUGACGACUGGGUAUCAUCUGAAAUACAGCAUUAUUAAUGCAUGAGUCCAGCUAUUCCCCUCCCAUGCCCUUGAACCUGUCCAUUUCAGAGAGCGUGCAGAGCUUUUUUGGAGGACAUGAAUAUCUCGUCACUAGCUUUAACUGGUCAAGACGCUCACUGCUGGUCACUGCAUUUUUCUCCUAGCUCAAAUUGGUACAGACGGUUCUGUAAUGCUCUCUUAUCUUCUGUACUCUUAUUGUUAUUACCCAUUAGAUGCUGGCUUACAUCGUUUAAACUUUUGGACAUAUUUAUAUUAAGUCAUGUUUUCCCCUUUUUAUUACCUCAUAGAUAAUUCAGAUUUUAUUGUUUUCCAUUGCAUCUUUUCUAUAUUGUUCUCAUUUUGAGGAACACGUUAUAAAGAUGCUCUCCUACGAACAAACCCAAGUGGAUUUCCCUCCAAGUCAACCUGUUUGGUGUUUCUAAACUGUUUGCUCCUGUUUGCUGGCGGUUAGAUGUAUUUGUAUGCGAUUGUAAAUACUUUCAUGACUAUGCCACACUACUUUAGUGGGCUGGUAGUUAAAAAGGACUCUUCAUGGAACUGAAACUUGACUGAGCUUAAAUAGCAAAAAAAAAAAAAAGGACAAAAAAAAGAACAAAAAAAGAAAGAAAAUAAUGACAACAAGAACUCACAAAGAGACAAUGUUUCAUAAGUGUUAUAAGCACUGGAUAUAAAUUGUAUUUUUAUCUAUUCUGAUUAAUGUGAAGCUGUUUUGAGGAAAAACAACGCGAAUGAACAAAAUUCCCCAGUUGGACUCACGUGGGUUUGCUCUCACAGUUACCAGAUUUGAGUCUUUUUCUUUUUCUUUUUUUUUGUCUGCUUGUUUUGUUUAUUUAUGCAAAGACACAUGUGAUGAAUGGACACUUUGUUUAAUCUUCAGGGCUGCCUAGAGGAGAGACUCAGCACAAGAAAAGUGAGCAGGAAAUUCAACAGCAGGCUCAGUGAGCCAUGAAAAACCAGACUUCAGUGCAUUGUAUAUUGUACGACAUAUUUAUUGUUUGCCACUGCUGGCUCUAAAAUUUUGAGUUAAAGACAUCAUGGACAAUCAGAUGAAUAAAAAAAACAACAAACAAUUUAAUGAAUUGGAGCUAAACAUAGUUUUCAGUUAAUUCUCCAUCUCAUUAAGAUUUAAUUGUAAAUACAACAUAGGAAAUAUAUUUUUGUUCAUUAGUGAAGUAUAAGUUAUGUAUUUGGCUGUUCUAUUUUUUUUUUUUUUUAGUAUGUGGUUUCAUGUUUUUAAAACCUGACAAGUCACUGUACCUCAUGUAGAUGCUUAUUUUUUUCUGCUUAUUAGAAGAGAGCAGCACUGGUCCUGAGACAAAGAGACGCACCUCACUCGCUUAUGUUUUCAUGAUGCUCCCCGGACCAUUUGAAUAAUCAACGAAAGCUAAACUUGGUGACAAGUAUGGUACUUAUACAGACAACAAGCACUUAAAAGAAUUAUUAAAUCGUGUGUUUCCAAUCGUCAUAGAACUUAAAAGGUAUGCUGUAUAAUGCUCACUUGUGCUCUGUGUUUAGAACAGCACUCAUAGUACGUGUCACUUUUUUUUAUGAGUGCGAAAUAUCAUCUGAAAAAAAAUCUGCAUGCAUUUGGCUUGCAUUGACAUUAAUGUAACAAACAAAUGUUUUUAUGAAUGACUGCUUCAAACACAAAUGAUUUUUUUUAAAUUGUUUUAAAUGUGGGAGUGUGCAAGUAUUUAUUUCAAUUUAUUUCAAUGUGGGAAAAUUCACAGCUUGUGCAUUCUUCUCAGUUAAUUCUCUACUUGCCAUCUUUUUGUAUGUUGCCAAUUUUUAAUGAAUAUGUCCAUGACUAUCCAGCCAUCCCGAAAACGUAGCCCUCACAAUUUGUUUCUUUUCUUCCAAUUGCUAGACUCACAAAUGGUUUGAAUGAACGGCUGAAGACACGGUGUCCACGCUGUUUCAACAUUACUUACUGUAAUUUGAUUUUAUUUUUUUUUUUCCAUCUGAAAUUUGUGAUGUGUAUAUGGUGGGAAUGUUCUCUGUGUUAAUUUAAUCAGCACAAUUCACUGACAUGCUGGACUGACAUGGUAGCUGCUGUUCAGAAGUGUAAAAUUUGUUGUUCAGGAUGACAUUUAUAGCCGUCUUUGGUACUUUGCUUUUUAGCGUUGUUUCUCAAGCAACACUGUGUGGGGCUCUUCUAUCACUGGAGCCACUGUUUUGAAAUUGCUGGCAGCCUGAUACAAUUUUCCGCCUAGAAAUCUCUCUUUUUCCCCCCCCUCUGGCAGGUACCUAGGCCCAUGGAAAGUAUUGUUUUGGGUGUUAUUAGAGAAAUGAAUUAAAUAGUGUCUGUUGCUGCUUUAAAAAAGUUUAUGUCGGAAUAUGUAAAUAGUUUAUCAUAAUAUCUUGUACAGUCCAAUGUAAAGUUUUUAAUUCAACUUAAAAAAAAAUGUUGCCAUCACGUUUGUGUUCACAUUGUUCUUUAUACAGUACAAAAGGUCAAUUAUUUGCUAGGGGUAUUAUUGCUAAAAAGAAAAAAAAAUUAAAAUGUUACUUAGUUGUUUUUUUUAUUUUAUAUUUGUUUUGUUUUGCUUGGCUUCAAAGUGUACAUCAGCAAGUCUUUGGUUUCCAUGUGCAGUAUUGACGUGAGGUAAACUUAAGGUGAAUAAUUUUACAUUGGUGUGUGUGUGGAAAGCAAUUUCUUUGGCUUUGGUAGUAUUAAUACACUAUAUCAAGUAAAAACAAACCGAUGAUGGACACACUGGGUGCAUCUAGGCACCUUAAGAAUGUGUAUACUGUAUAUGAUUAAAUUAUCCCCACAGGAUCAAUUCAGACAUAUUGUAACACCAUAUUUCUGUAAUAUCUCUGUCCAUUGUAACAAUGCAGCAGUGGGCUCAAUAACUGCCUGUUUUAGCUCAUUUACCUCAAGAAGUUCCUCCUUUUCUGUAAAAGAGACAGAAAUUGUGUUACAAAAAGCUCACAUCACUCCAUCUUUUGUACUGCUGUUGACACUUACAAAUUAAAGAGACAUUUUGUUUUAA